AUGGGUCUGAUGCAGCAAACACCGGCCGCGUCCUUUGGGCUGGGCACAUCAACCCUCUUGUUCAGCCUGGUGGGAUUUGGGAUCGUCAGCUACGUCGUCUACCUCGCCGUGGUGCGCCCUAUCUACAAUGUCUUUUUCCACCCGCUGAGUAAGUACCCCGGCCCAAAAUCGUGGGCCGCCUCCAGGAUCCCCUACGUCCUGAGCUCCACCGGAGGCCAUCUUCAGUACAAACUGUUGGAGCUCCACUGCAAGUACGGCGACGUGGUCCGCAUAGCACCAAACGAGCUCUCGUACGUGCGGCCCGACGCCUGGAAGCAGGUCAUGGGCCACCGCAAGCACGGCGAGAGCGAAAACGGCAAGGAGCGGGUCAACUAUACGAGUUUCGCCGACAGCAUCAUAGGAGCGGAUCGACACGAACACGCCCAGGGACGCCGCGUGCUCAGCCACGCCUUCUCGGCCAAGCGAAUGCUCGAGCAGGAACCGCUGAUCAAAAAGUACAUUGACCUCUUCUUCGAGCGGCUCCCGGUCAUCUCGGAGGGGUGCUCCAAGCCGGUCGACAUCGUCCGGUGGUACAACUACACCACGUUCGACAUCAUCGGCGACCUGACGUUUGGCGAGUCCUUCCACUGCCUGGAAAGCAAGACCAUGCACCCCUGGGUCAGGUUGAUCUUUGCGAGCGUCAGGGACGGCAACCUCCUCAGCAACAUGCGGGCGUACUACAGCAACAUCGACAGCUUCAUGUAUCGCUUCUUCCCGUCCGCGGUCAAGCACAAGAUGCAGCACGAAGAGAUGCUUCGCCAAAAGCUCAAGCAGAGGGAGGCCAUGGGUUCCUCGCGGCCAGACUUUUACGACUCCAUGACCCGCAGGGACAAGAACGGUUUCGGCUUCACGCCCAUACAGAUCGAGAGGAACUCGGACCUCUUGGUCGGCGCCGGCUCCGAGACCACGGCCACGGUCCUCUCGUUUUCCACCUACCUCUUGUGCAAGCACCCCGAAAUCCAGGCCAAGGCCGCCAAGGAGGUCAGGGAGUUGUUCAAGAGCGAGGACGAAAUCACCAUGACCCAGGUGCAGCAGUCGCAUUAUUUGCUGGCUGUGCUGAACGAGGCCAUGCGUCUUUGGCCGGCUGCCCCGGCCGAACUACCCCGCCAGACUCCCCCAGAGGGUUCGAUGGUCUGCGGAGAGUUUAUCCCCGGUGAUACAAUCUUACUCGUCGCCCAGUACCCCUCCAACCACUACCCCGGGAACUGGGUCAAGCCCGAGGAGUUCAUCCCCGAGAGGUGGCUCAAGGACGCCGACCCCAUUUACGACGCCGAUAAGAAGGAGGCUUUCAACCCCUUCAACCACGGUGGACGAGACUGCAUCGGUAAAAACUUGGCCUAUUCCGAGAUGCGUAUGAUUCUUGCUCGCAUGCUGUACAACUACGACAUGGAGCUGGACGAGCAGAGCAAGAACUGGGCCGAGGGGAUGCUCGCCUACACUCUGUGGGACAAGCCGCCGAUGUUUGUGCACUUGAAGCCUCGCAAGACCGAAGCAUGA